UGUAGGUCAUCAGGUCGCUGGAUUAGAAAAUAAAAACUUUAGCUGUACUUAUUAUAAGCACAGAAGAAGAGAAAGAUCAGGAAUGGCUUUGAACUGUAGAUCGCAUAUAAAAUUAUUCGCCAUACCCAGACGCUUUCAUGUCAGUUACCAGCAGUGUGUUACUUUCAUGAAACUUCAAAUCACACCAGAUUAUAAGGGAGUGGAAUUUCCUGAACGAAGAAAACUGAGAUUUUUUGAUAAAGUGCCACAGCUGCCUCCUAAUCAAAGACCUCAAAAAAUGAUGAAAGACUUGUAUGAUAUGCGAGGCCCUGAGCUCAUUCACAAUAAGCUGCAGUAUGCUGAGUAUGGCAUUCAGGCAACAGGUGGAGGAUCACUACGCUGGGGUCACUUGGAAAUGAUUCGUCUUAUAAUCAACCGCAAGAUGGAUGAGUCACGCAUGUUCGCCAUGUGGCGCAUAGACCAGCCAUGGAAGAGCGUUACUAAGAAAGGGCAAGGCCAUCGUAUGGGUGGAGGCAAAGGGGCCAUUGAUCACUACGUCUUCCCACUUCGAGCAGGACGAAUCGUGGUAGAGAUGGGGGGUAGGUGUGAGUUUGAGGAGGUGUAUCCUAUUUUACAUCAAGUGGCUCACAUUCUUCCAUUUAAGGCACGUGUGGUGAGUCGCCAGAUGCUGGAGGAAGAGCCGAAGAAACAAGCAGAACUAGAGGCCAUGAACGUCAACAUGUUCACCUUUAAAUACUGUGCCAAAAAAAACAUGCUGGGAUGCCACAGCUGGCUUAGCCCCUAUGACUUUAAGUGGCAUGGGAAAUACCACUAGUAGCCUAUGGGAGUUGGGGGACAAACUGUUGUGCUUGUGGGGCUGGAGGGUGGUUGGGUAUCUCAUAGUGAGGGUAUGGAAAGUGAUGUAAACUGAGCGUGGGAAGGCAUUGAAUUAUGCAUCUUUACUAUAUGCAAAUGUGGUAUUUUUGCAGAUGUGAUGAACUAUGAUUUAGUAUUAAAUGAAAUGAAGUAGA